AGAGUAGAACAGGGUUCGACAUUUGUGCCAAUGAAACAAAAAUAGGAACAAAGAACGUAUAGAAUAAAUAGAGAGAUAGACAGAUAAGAUGAGGCAGAACAUCCAGGUGUUGCCAAUAAUGGUAUUGGCAGCCGCUGCCUUGCAACUCUCGAUAGGAUGCCUUCCUUUCCAACCGCCAAUAACGAGCAGAAGGAUACAAACUGCAGUCUACGAUUAUCGAUUGGAAGCUACCACCAGCCAACAAAACCAAAGCGAAAACGAGAAUGAAAGAACAAAAAUUAGAGACAAAUCUUUUGCCACUUCCUCCAGCCGGAGACGAUUUCUUGCGGUUGCCGUCGCCACGGGUGUGUCCACGACGAUACCGGGUAUCUCUACUCCCGCUCGAGCGGCAACUACCACGGAAUGGUUCGAUCCAUCCGACCUCGACGGGGACGAACCAAUUCCACAUCUCCCGUGGAAAAUUGAUCCAAUCAACAAGCGGUCGGGGGUGACCGUGGAAGACGCCGAGCGGGCCGGAUACAGCGUGGCUUUUGUGACCUACCUCGCCCGGUUCCUCCUAAAUUUUGACACCAACUGCCAGCUCUGGUGGUUUUCCUCGAGGCGGAUUCCCAGGGGGAAGAACAAGCAAUCCUUGGACGGCGUUGAUUCUUCUUCCUACGAGCAACUCCGGUAUGAACAAUUCUCGAAGUUCGCUGCCUCCGUCGAGGUCGGUCUUGCCCAGUCCUACGCCAAUGGCAAGGAGGGACCCACGAUCUUGCUCGAGGAACUAGUGCAACGAUACGGUACAAUAGAAGCUUAUAGAGAGAACGACAACAACGAAAAAGAUUGGGAGAGGUCUGCAAAGGCGGCAAGGCGGCACAUCGCCUUGUUGUUUGGAUUCCUCGAAAAACGACAGCCAACAGAAGCCCUCGGAGAACUUUUGGUCUCUUUGGAGGACGCUUCGAUUGCUACCGUUGAGCUCUCUAACAAAGAAGCUGAUUCCGAAGGCAGUAUAAGCUACAACUACCAAUUACCACAGCGAAAGAUUUCUCGUUUGUCGCUGCUUUCCGGAUAUGACUCGUCGGAUCCCCCAGCGAUCGAAUUUGGUGACUACCGCAACAACGAGAGCAGAGUUGCUGCCAGGGGUCAUGCCGUUUUGAAACCGACGGGUCGAUUGCUCCGCAUCGACGUGACGGACUCAGGAAGUGUCACGUAUUCUAAGCCACCAAUCGUGAUUGUGAACAAUUUGGCUGGCGAUGAUAUUGCAGAAGGCGUCACCAACCUGGAUAGGGAUGGAAGAAUAAAAUCCGUUGCUAUUCUGGAACCGGGAAAUAACUUUAACAUCGAUAAUGGUGAUUUCGAAUUCAGGGUGGUCGAACCGUUUGCAACGGACGCCAAAUUGGUCAAAAGAGGCACCAACAAAUCGGCAGCGACGACAACAGAACCUUCGUUCCGUGUCGUUUUGGAUAAUGCCAUAACGAAAAUCGAAAUAACUGAUCCAGGUUCCGGUUACUCCAAGGAUAAACGAAUCAAUGUGUAUGCUGUUGCAAAUUCCCAAAAUAUCAAUAGGUCGUUGCAGCAGCAACAACAACAACGAAUUUUGGUGGGAACUACGUGCCCAAAGCUAGUGUCGAAUUCUUUCAUGGAUUUUCGGACUAAGAAGGACAUGGACAGGAUCGAAGAAAUCCAGCGAAACUUUCACAGGAAAAUUCCCCCUUUCCGCUAUUCUUCUCUCUCCAUUGCCGAUGAUGAUUUUGGUGGCUUUCAAACACUGCCUUUCUGGACCGAAAAAGGCAACCCCGGUAGUAACGGUGAGUACAUGCGGUUGCUACCAGGGGGCGUUGGCUUGGAAUACGAUUCCAGAUUGAAACGAUACGUUGUGGCUGUUGACAAAACAUUCCAAAAGACGUACGCACCGUACCUGCCGAAUGAUGGCAGUGGCACUACCAACAAUAGCAACUAUUCCCCCCUUUGGUCAACUUUUGGACCCAGAGCUCGAUCUCCUAUCGAACGGGAUCGUGACCUAGAUCUUUCUGAAUAUGCAAGAUUUGGAUUAUCUGGCGCUAUUUGCCUUUCCGCAGUUUGCUUGACAUUAACUCCACUGGAUGUUCUCAAAACAAAACAGCAGACAAAUCCAUCCAAGUAUACCAGUAUGGGGCGUUCGAUUCAAGCUGUCAUGCAGGACGAGGGGCUAUCAACGUUAUUUACUGGUUGGUCUCCAACCCUAUCGGGGAAUUUCCUGUCAGGGGGUGCACAGUACGCAUCGAUCGAAUUCUUGCGAAGAACAUUCACGGCUAUGGCCGGAUUAGAUGCGGCUCGAUUGGAGGUUCCCAUCAUCUUGCUUGCUUCGGGGAUUGCAUCCGCUAUCGCAGGAAUCAUUUACUGCCCCUUCGAGACCGUACGAAUACGAACCGUUGCACAGCCCAAAUUCGCAACAAAUGCUGCGGGGACACUUCAACGGAUCUUGGAGGAGGAAGGUGUGGCGUCCCUCGUGAACACUGUUCCCAUAUUUCUCUUCAAGUACGUCCCAUAUGCGAUUACCAAAUUCACUGUAUUCGAUAUCUCCACGGCCCGCCUUUAUGAGGCGUUUCCUGCGGCAAGGGAAGAAUUGCAACUAUCUUUGCUUGUGAGUUUGGCUGGGGGUAUGCUCGGAGGAACGGCUGCUGCAAUUGUAAGCAAUCCAUCAGAUUGCAUCAUCAGCGAAGUCAAGAAGUCGAAAGAAGCUGACGUCUCGGUGUUCGAAGCUAUUGCUACUAUUCAAGCACGUGGCGGAGGGGGCGUGCUCGGCCCGUUCUUUGUGGGUCUUCCCCUUCGAAUUCUGCGGUACACUACUAUCGCCAGCCUUUCGUUUGUGGCGUACGAUGCGAUUCGGUUCGCGUUUGGAAUAGGAAGCGACGAUCUAAAAUUAUAUCUGGAUGUUCUUGGCGGGGCCUUGCAGAAAUGAACACAAUGAUCCAUAGCUUGUACGCAAAUCAUGAGGGUGAAGAAUCCGCAAAUCUCAGUUACAACCAUUUCAUAUUGUAAAUUAGUUCUUUGACAUGUUGGUAUCAUCUUGUCCAAUUCACGGCACUACAUAGCAAAAUAUAUGACUGACGUGCUU